CAAGCAGAUCAACUGGAGGAGCAAAGGGAGCUGAGAAAAGCCAUGGCGAGCUUAAGCUCUCUUCCUCUCCAUCUCUGCCAUGUCCACAAGUUCACAAUGAUCAUCAACAGAUCCCACGCACUCCUCCAUUCAAUCGCCAUAGCUUUCUUGAUAUACUACAGGGUUUCUUUUCUUUUCCAAGAAUCUAGAACCAGAACCACGCCCAUUAUACCAUGGCUUGUAGUUUUUGCUUCCGAGUUGCUUCUUUCUUUCAUAUGGCUCCUUGGAAGAGCUUAUGCUUGGCGUCCUGUUUCUCGGACUGUAUUUCCCGAGAGGUUGCCAAAUGAUGACAACCUUCCAGCCAUUGAUGUUUUUAUUUGCACCACGAAUCCAGAUAAGGAGCCCACGGUUGGGGUUAUGAAUACUUUGUUAUCAGCUAUGGCUCUUGAUUAUCCACCAGAUAAGCUCCACGUGUAUCUUUCGGAUGAUGGUGGUUAUCCUACAACUUUACGUGGUAUGAGGGAGGCAUGGAAAUUUGCCAGGUGGUGGCUUCCAUUUUGCAGGAGGUAUGAUAUCAAGACAAGGUGCCCUGAGGCUUAUUUAAAUUCAAGAGCUGAGAAUGACCAUGCUGACUCCAAAAGUUCCGAGUUCAUGGCAGAAAGGCAAAAAAUUAAGGAACAAUAUGAAUUGUUCAAGGAACGUGUAAUGAGAUCUGGAGAAGAUAGUAAAUCAUUGGCAGAGGUGUACACUGCUCGCGAUCACCCUUCUUGCAUUGAGGUCAUACAGGAACAUUCCAAAGAGGGAUUGCAGGAAGACCAAAUUAAGAUGCCUCUCCUUGUCUAUGUUUCUCGUGAGAAAAGGACUUCUCAUUCCCACCAUUUCAAGGCUGGAGCCGUCAAUGUCCUUCUUAGGGUCUCUGCAGUGUUGAGCAACUCCCCUUACAUUCUGAUGCUUGGCUGUGAUAUGUAUUGCAAUGACCCGACCUCGGCUAGGCAAGCAAUGUGUUUCCACUUUGAUCCUCAGAUGUCUCCCUCUCUUGCAUUUGUUCAGUUCCCUCAGACAUUCCAUGACAUAAGUAAAAAUGAUAUCUAUGACAGUGAGGUCAGGUCAGCGUACACGAUAAUGUGGCCUGGCUUGGAUGGAUUGAAAGGACCAGUCCUGUCUGGCACCAAUUUUUACAUUAAAAGGGAGGCAUUAUGCGGCAAUUCAAUUCAAAAAGGUUUUGACCUUAGAGAACUUAAGAAUUCCUUCGGCCCUUCCAAUGAGUUCAUUAAAUCCCUUCGUCAAAACUAUAAGCCUAAUUUCAACAAUGAUGGGGAAUUUUCAAUCAUGCUUCUGGAGGAGGCCAGAGUUUUAUCCUCUUGCUCCUAUGAAGAUAAUACAGAAUGGGGUAAAGAGGUAGGUUUUCUGUAUGAUGCAGUAGCAGAAGAUUACCUCACAGGGUUUACUUUACAAUGCAAGGGUUGGAUAUCAGCUUAUGUUUCUCCAUCAAGGCCCCAGUUCCUAGGCACUUCUACCACAAACUUAAAUGACCUAUUGACUCAAGGUAUAAGAUGGGGGUCAGGGUUGGUUGAUGUAGCUAUCUCAAGGUUUUGCCCUCUCUUAUACGGACCACCAAGGACAUCUUUCCUGCACAGCAUGUGCUAUGCGGAGCUGUCGCUGUUCCCUGUCCUUUACUGCCUGCCUCUUUGGUGCUUUGCCACUAUCCCUCAAAUUUGUCUGCUGCAUGGCAUUCCUUUGUAUCCGGAGGUUUCAGAUCCAUAUUUUAGUGUAUUCUUGUUCAUAUUCGUAUCAGCCCUUUCAAAGCAUUUACAUGAGGUUCUCAUAACUGGAAGACCAAUUCGUAAAUGGGUCAAUGAACAGAGGAUAUGGAUGAUAAAAUCGGUUACAUGCCAUUUAUAUGGAAGCGUGGAUGCCAUAUUGAAAAAGCUUGGCCUGAGGGAAGCCAGUUUCUUGACCACCAAUAAAGUCGCGGACGACGAACAAAUCAAGCUAUACCAGGAAGGUAAAUUUGAUUUCAGAGCGUCAACCCUUUUUCUUGCUCCAUUGGUUACGAUAAUACUAGUGAACAUGGCCUCAUUUGCUGGGGGAGUUGUUAGAACCAUGGUCGUGGGAGAUUGGAAGGAGAUGUUUGGACAAGUUUUCCUCUCGUUUUACAUCAUAGUCAUGAAUUAUGGAAUUAUCGACGGGAUGAUAGUGAGGAAGGGCAAGGGUCGCAUUCCUCAUCCUGUCAUUGGGUUAUGUGUUGCAUUUUCAUUGAUUUUAUUGUCAUUGGGAUCUCUCAUCAUCACUUGGACUUUAUUGUGAGCUUAAGAUGAUGUGUAGGUUAUGUUACUUGGGUAAAUACCGCCUAAUUAUUUGUAUUUCUGUUCAAAACCAUCUUAAUUAAUCAAACCUUUUAUGCUUAA